AUGCUUAAAGUAAUUGUUCAUAAUGCUGAACGUGUUCCUAAUUUGGAACGUUUCUCUACUGUUGAUCCAAUGGUUACAGUUAUUUUUCAAGGUAUUACGAAACAAACGAAUUGGCAACGAUCAACAUGUGAUCCAAAAUGGGAUGAGACACUUGAAUUUCCUCUUAAUGGUAUUCCAAUCAAAAGUAUAGAUACAUUAGAAAUUCAUCUUAAAGAUUAUGAAAAGAUUGGAACUAACAAACUUAUUGGUCAAGGUACAAUACCAUUGAAUGAUGUUAUACGAACUGGUAUCAUCAAACGCCGUCCUGUUCCAUUAACAAAUCCGCAAGGUGUUCGUCUUGAAGCUACUAAACUAUAUCUUACAAUUGAAUAUAAACCACCAAAUAGUGUUACCAAUGAAAAACUAAAUCCAAGAAAUGGUUUAAAUCAAGUUGACGAUAUACCUUUACAAAAUAGUGGUGAUAUGUUAUGGAAAGCAGAAUUAGGUAUUGAUCAAACAUUUUUAUUAAGAAAUAAACUACGAUCGACUAAACCACAAGAUUUUCAAAUACGAGUAAAAAUUUUUCAAGCUCGUCGAUUAAAUGGAAGUAAUAUUCAUCCAGUAUGUCGUAUUCGAGUAAUUAAUUCAAUAAAACAAACAAAAAUUCAAAAAGGAACAAAUCAUCCAUAUUUUAAUGAAGUUUUCUUUUUUAAUAUAAAUAUGUCUGAAAUUGAUUUAUGUAAUGAAUUUAUUGAAUUUGAACUUUGUAAUUCGAGAAUAUUUCGAUCAAAUAUGAGAAUUGGAACAUUUAAAACUGAUAUUGGUUAUAUUUAUUCACAAACAAAACAUUCAAUUAAUCGAAAAUGGUUAUUAUUAAGUAAUGAUAAUGAUAAAAUGACUGGUGCCAAAGGUUAUCUUAAAGUAUCUGUUAAUAUAUUAGGAUCAGGAGAUGAAGCACCAUCACAAGAAAAUGCAGAUGAUGAUGAUGAUAUUGAAAGUAAUGUAUUAAGACCAACCGGUCUUAUGCUUCGUCCAGCAACAUUUGUUUUAAAAGUUUAUAAAGCAGAAGAUUUACCACAAAUGGAUAGUUCAUUUUUACAUGGUGUUAAAAAAAUCUUUAAUACAACUGAAGAUAUCAAAGAUUUAAUUGAUCCUUAUGUUACAUUUUCAUUCGCUGGACAACAAGUCGCAUCGAAAAUUAUUUAUACUUGUUCACAUCCAGAAUUUAAUCAAGAACUUCGACUUGGUCUUAAAUUUCCAUCAAUGUGUGAUAAAAUUACACUUACUGUUAUGGAUUGGGAUCGUUUACAAUUCGAUGAUAUAACUGGAUCAGCUUUAUUAGAUAUUAAUUCGAUAUGCGAUGAUCGAGAAAAUGGUUUUCUUCCAAUAUUUGGUCCAUGUUGGAUUAAUUUAUAUGGUGCACCACGAGAAUAUUCUGAAUUUCCGACUGCAUUAGAUGAAUUAAAUAGUGGCAAAAGUGAAGGUGUUGCAUAUCGUGGUCGAAUAUUUAUUGAAUUACAAACAAUUCUUGGUGAAAUUCCAAAUGAAUCUAUUGGUGAAAUAUCAAAUUCAGAUAUAAUUCGUACAUUACCAUAUCAAUCACGAAAAAAAUUUAAAUUACAUGCGGCAUUUCUUGAUGCUUCUAUAUUAUAUGAACAUGAAUCAACAGUUGAAUUUGAAAUAAGUAUUGGAAAUUAUGGAAAUAAAUUUGAUAAUCUUGACGGAUAUGCAAAUUGUUCAACAACACCACCAACAAAUCCUGUUUUUGAUGGAACAUCUUAUUAUUUUUUACCAUGGGAACAUACAAAACCAUGUGUACAAGUUGCAAGUGAAUGGGAAGAUAUUACUUUUAGAUUAGAAGCUCUUAAUCAUUUAUCAAAUAUGAAAUUAGUUUUUAUUGAUCUUAUAUCAACAUUAAAUUUAUUAAAAAUAAAAAAAUUAUCUGAUGAAAUUCUUAUUCAACAUUAUAAACAAUCUGUCGAUACAAUUAUUUCAUGUUUGAAAAAGCCAUUACCUGAUUUUGAACUAUGUCGUUAUCAUAUCAAUGAACUUGAUCGAUUAAGACGUCAAAUGCGUGAAAGAGAUCUUUUUGAUAUAAUUUAUAAAUUAGAACAAUUAAAAUUACACGCUAAAACAUCACAAGAUAUUUUCAAUACAUUAGAAGAUAUUCAACAAAAUCUUGAAUUUCUUCAAUAUGAACCACAAAAUAGUAUUCCUGAUGUAAUUAUAUGGUUAUUAUCAAAUGGUAAACGUUAUGCUUAUUAUCGUUUACCAGCUAAUGAAAUAUUUUAUUCUACAAAUAUUGAUUAUCGUGGUCAUCUUUGUGGAAAACUUCAAACAAUAACAUUAAAAUGGCCUGGAAAAGAAAUGGACAUUGAUAAAGAUAAAAGAUUUUUUAUUCCAGCAGAAAUUCGAGUUAAAAUUUGGUUCGGUUUAGCCAUAUAUGAACAAGAUUGGUUAUCACAACAAAAAGGAGCUGAUUUAACUAUUUAUGCAGAAACAUAUGAAAAUCAAACAAAUGUACUUGGACAAUGGUCAACAACUGGACCAUUAAUGACUAGACCAAUGUGGUCAGAUGUUACAGGAAAUAUGAGUUUACCGAAACAAAAUUUUCAAGUACCUCCUGGUUGGCGAUGGGAUGGAGAUUGGUAUAUCAGUCCAGAAACAAGUGCUCGAUAUGCAGAUGAUGCUGGUCAUAGAAAAUUUACUGAAGAAGCUUAUGAACAUCAAUAUCGUUUAAUUGCUGGAGCACAAUGGCAACCAAAAGCAAUUGAAUGGACUGAUUUAGUUGGUGAUAAAGUACCAAGUAAAAAUGAACGAACUGAAUCACCACCUGGAUGGGAAUGGGAAAAUGAUUGGACUAUAGAUACUAAUCGAGCUGUAGAUGAAGAAGGUUCUCAGAUUGAAUAUAUUAUAAUAAUAAUCAUUGAUUCUGUUUAUUUAGGUUUUGAAUAUUGUGUUAAUCAAACAGUUACUGGUUGGUGUCCAGUUGAAAAAUUAUAUCAUUUAAAUCGUCAACGACGUUGGUAUAGAAUACGAGUUCUUAAAACAGAUUUCAAUAUUGAAGAGAGAAAAAAAAAAGAAAUUAAAAUUGAUUUUAUAAAUGAAGGAUGGGAAUAUGCUCCUAUGUUUAAUAUGAAAUUUCAUGCCGAUGAACGAAGUAUGGAUAUGACACGUCGAAGACGAUGGCAUAGAAAAAUGAUUUCUGAUCAAUUAUUACUUAAUGAAAACAAUGAUGAUGAUAAUAAUAAUAAUAAUAAUUCUAAUGAAGGAAUUGUUAUUAAUACAGAUAUUGUUUUUCGAAUGCAAUCACGAGUUCCUUCAAUUACAGAUUCAUCUUUAAAAAGUGAUCAACAAUCAUCUGAUUUAACAUCAACAAAAAAUAAAAAUAUUAAAAUUGAAUUGAGUGCACCAAGAAUGUUUCUUAGUUUUAGAAAACCGUAUUAUUAUGAACUUCGAUCAUAUAUAUAUCAAGCACGAAAUCUUCUUUCAAUGGAUUAUGAUAGUUUUUCAGAUCCAUAUGCACAAAUUGGUUUUAUUAAUCAAAGUCAACGUACUGAAGUUAUUCAAAAAACUUUAUGUCCAACAUGGGAUCAAACAUUAAUUUUUUCAAAUGUUGAACUUUAUGGUGAACCAGAUGAAAUCUAUCAUGAUCCUCCAAAUAUUCUAAUUGAAUUAUUUGAUAAAGAUGAAUAUGGAGUUCCAGAUUUUCUUGGUCGUGUACAAUGUUCACCUAUUGUUCGUUUAAUACCUGAUGAAAUAAAUCCAAUUGUUAAAUUAAAAUGGUUUCAAAUAAAAAGAGGAAAAAAUAAUGCAGGAGAAUUAUUAGCUGCAUUUGAACUUUUCUUAUUGCCAGAAAUUGAUAACGAGAAAAAAUUACCUCCAUAUCCAUCAAAACGUGGUUCUUUAUUUAUUGUACCGGACUUAAUUCGACCAGAACUUGUUCGAACUGGAAUUGAGAUUCUUUGUUGGGGUGUAAGAAAUAUGAAAACAUUUAUGUUAUCUGAUAUUGAUUGUCCACAAGUUAUAUUUGAAGUUGCUGGUCAACAAGUUGCAUCGACAAUUAUUAAAAAUGCUAAGAAAACACCAAAUUUUGAUAAACCUUUAUUAUUUCUUGAUGUUAUGUUACCAAAAGAUGAUUUAUAUGCACCAACAAUGAAUAUCAAAGUAAAAGAUCAUCGAUCAUUUGGACGAAAACCAAUUGUUGGUUUUCAUAUUAUUAAAUCAUUGGAAUUAUUUCGAUGUGAUCCAACUGCACCUUCAUUAACACUUAUACAAGCAGCUAAAAAUAUAGAAUCACAAACUAUCUCACCAACAAAUGAUUUUACUGUUCCAAUGAUUAAAAAAAAGAAGAAAAAACAUCGAAAUGAAUGUUCUCAUUCAUCAAAAGUUAAGAUUGUAUUACCUAACGAAACAAAUGAUUUAACAAAAAAUGAAAUCGAAACAAAAAUUGUUGAUAAAAAAACAAUGAGAAAACGAGUGAAACAGUUUUUAAAGAAAUGUAAAUCUUCUACAAUAAAACCAGAAUCGAAAUUAGAAAAAAUUCAAAAAGCAUUUUUAAAAGAUCAACAAUAUUAUCAAAAUGUACUCGUCAAUCAAGUGACAAUAGUUGAAGAUGAUAUUGAUUGGUGGUCAAAAUAUUAUGCAUCGAAACGUGAUUUCAAUAAAUGUGGUACUUAUAUACAAAAAAGAUAUGAAACUUUAACAAUUUAUUCUCAUCCACUUGAAUUAUAUGAAUUUUAUGAAGGUUUUAAUGAUUUUUGUCGAACAUUUGAAUUAUCUCGUGGAAAAACAAAAUUUGAAGAAGAAAAUGAAAUUGUCGGAGAAUUUAAAGGUCUUUUUAAAGUUUAUCCAUUACCUGAAAAUUCUAAUGAAUUAUUACCACAUCGAAUUAUGGAACAUUUUCCAUCAAAUAAUUUAGAAGAAUGUUUAAUUCGUGUUUAUAUUAUACGUGCUAUUGAUUUACAACCAAAAGAUUCAAAUAGAAAAUCAGAUCCAUAUAUUGAAAUUCAAUUAGGAAAAAUAAAAAUUGAUAAUCGAGAUGAAAAAAUAUUAAAUACAACAAAUCCUAUCUUUGGAAAAAUGUUUGAAAUCAAAACAAUAAUUCCAUUAGCGAAAGAUUUAAUAAUACGUAUUAAAGAUUGGGAUUUAAUAACAUCAGAUGAUAUUAUUGGACAAACAACAAUUGAUUUAGAAAAUCGACUUUUAAGUAAAUAUCGAGCAACAUGUGGACUUCCAUUACAAUAUAAUUUAACUGGUCCAAAUCAAUGGCGUGAUAAUAGUCGACCGAGAAAAAUUCUUUAUGAUAUUUGUAAACGAAAUAAUUUAUCUUUACCAGAAUUACUUGAUGAUCAUUCAAUUAAAAUUGGUGAUACAAUUUUUCGUUUGGAAGAUUUUGAACAAGAAAAAAAUUUAACAAUUCAUGUUGGAGAAGAAGAAGAACGUUUAGCAUUGUAUAUUUUACAUAAAUUUCAUCUUUGUCCUGAACAUAUUGAAACACGACCACUUUUUAAUUCAUUUCAACCAUUUAUUGAACAAGGUCGUUUAGAAUUAUUUGUUGAUAUUUUUCUGAAAUCUCAUGGUCCACCUGGACCACCUUUUAUGAUUACACCAAGAAAACCAAAACCCUAUAUUCUUCGUUGUAUAAUUUGGAAUACAAGUGAUGUCAUAUUACAAGAAACAUCAAUAACAGGAGAACAAAUGUCUGAUAUUUAUGUAAAAGGAUGGAUGACUGGAAUAGAAGAUGAUGUACAAAAAACAGAUGUACAUUAUCGAUCAAUGGAUGGUGAAGGAAAUUUUAAUUGGCGUUUUAUUUAUAAUUUUUCUUAUUUUCCUGCUGAACGAUGUAUUUCAAUUAGAAAAAAAGAAUAUUUUUGGAGUUAUGAUGCAACAGAAUUUAAAAUUCCACCUGUAUUAAAUAUUCAAAUAUGGGAUAAUGAUAAAUUUAGUCGAGAUGAUUUUCUUGGUGUAUUAACACUUGAUUUAAAUCGUUUAUAUAAACCAGCUAAAGAUUCUGAUGUUUGCACAUUGGAGAUUGUUAAUGAUCAAUUAUCAAAUUAUGUAUCAAUUUUUGAAAUAAAACAUUUAAAAGGUUGGUGGCCUUGUGUUGAUCUUCAAAGUGGAAAUCCAAAACUUACUGGUAAAAUUGAACUUGAAUUAGAAAUUUUAACAGAAAACGAAGCAAUUGAAAGACCAGCAGGACGUGGUCGUAAACAACCAAAUGAACAUCCAAAAUUAGAAUUACCACAACGUCCUGAAACAUCAUUUCUUUGGUUUACAUCUCCAUAUCGUGCAUUUAAAAAUAUUAUAUGGAAAAAAUCGAAAUGUUAUAUUCUUCUUAUAUUUCUAUUAAUAUGUUUUAUUAUAUUCUUACUUUUAUUUCUUUGGUCGAUGCCUAAAGCAUUAUUAUCUCGUCUUUUACAUACAUUCAAAUAA